AGGAGAUGAUGCGGCAGGUGGAACUGGAAGGGAAAGGGUUCCGGCCGCGUCCUCGAUGUCUAUUUCCAAGAGUUCCAAAGCCACAACCGCCGCCGCCGUGCUGCUCCACGACGAACGGCAGGUGGAGCCUACAUUCCGACUCCGUCAUAGCCUCAUUGGUGCAGAAGCAGAACAAAACGCUCCCGCGGCUUCUUUGAAAAGAACUAGCAGCGACCUACUUCGUUCAGGAGCGGCCCUGACUACUUCCAAUCAAACUUCCGUUGCAGCUGGGGGAGAUCGCGGCCAGCAGAAUAAGCGCAAGGUUGUUUGGGAAGAGGAGGUCCCGGUGGAAAAGAGUAAACAUGAAGGGACAGAACACGAACUACCAGGAACUACACAACAAGAACUUCUGGCGGAGACCGACCACGCCGAAAGAGGCGCAGGAGAGGAGUUGUCCAGUUGUAGUUCACAAAACGACAAGGGCGGUCGCCGCUACUCGGUGUCCUGCAAAAAAGCUCCCCCAGUGAAGAAGACGAAGACGAUGAUCAUCACGCCGAUGAAAAACGCUCCCGCCGGAAAAACUCCGAUGAAGCGAGGUAGGAAGAGUUCUGUUGUGGAGGUGAUGUCGGACUCGAAUGCGGAACCAGGACAAGCAGGUAAAAAGAAGGACGAGGUGGCCCUGGCCGCGCCGGCGAAUAUUGAAGUUGAGCCGGACCAACUGGCUGAC